AUGCAACGAUGCGGGGGAGGGAACAAGAUUCUCUACGGGUUGACUCUGGCCACGGGGAUAGCAGAGUGCCUCGGUUUUGCCGGCUUGGUGUUUGGGUUUGCCUCUCUUGUGUUUGUGCUGAAACAAGAUGGGUACUUCAGUCAAAUGUGUGUCAACGUCACGGCCGCAAACAACACAAGCUAUACAGACUGCAGUGGGCAAGAUGAGCACUUCUCUCUGGUCUUUACCAUCGCCUCGUUCCUCAUCGCCUUUCUGAGUCUGCCAAAUGGCUACCUGUUUGAUCGCUUCGGUACCAUGGUAACCAGACUUCUGGGAAUAACCCUGUAUGCCAUUGGAACUCUGAUCAUGGCCUUCUCUAGUGCAGCAUACUCUAUGCUGCUGUUUGUGGCCUUUCCCUGCCUUGCUGUUGGAGGGAUUAUCCUCCUCCUAACCAACAUGCAGAUCGGCAACCUGUUUUCUGCCCAUCGUUCCACCAUCAUCACCAUCUACAACGGGGCCUUCGACUCCUCCUCCUCAGUCUUCCUCAUCGUUAAGGUUCUGUAUGAGCAGAACAUCUCUAUCCAGACCUCCUUCCUGGUCUUGUCCUUCUGCAGCAUCAUACACCUUCUCAGGACCUUCCUGUUGAUGCCCAGAACACACAUCCCGUACAGCCCUCCCAGUGACUACAGCUACGGACUGAGAUUCGGAAAGUCUGACGCUCGCGACAAGGAGGAGACAGAGAAGAUGAGGCAGGUAGCCGCGGCAACCGGGUUGGCAGAGCUCGACGAGAAAGCGGAUGCACAGGGACAACUUGAGAACAUCUCUGAAGAAAAAGUGCCCAGCUUCCGGAGCUGUGUGCAGUCCUGGUUCUUCCUUUGGCACCUGCUGUGGCUGUCCCUCAUGCAGCUCCGGCACUACCUGUUCAUCGGCACGCUGAACCCGACCCUGAACCGCCUCGCCAACAACGACCCCGCCCUAGUGAGCCAGUUCACCAACGCCUUCGCCAUCACUCAACUCUGUGGAAUCCUGUGUGCCCCCUGGAACGGUGUCCUCCUAGACAGACACAAAGGAAAGCCCCGGGCCCCAGGUGAGACAGAGCGGGAGGCAGACCUGCGCUCGGCGGUGGUGUCCCUGUUCGUGACGGCGCUGCAGUGCCUGCUGUUCUCCGUGUGCGCCACGGUGCCCGUGCUGCCGCUGCAGUAUCUGACCUUCGUUCUGCAGGUGCUGAACCGCUCCUUCCUGUACGGCGGUCACGCCGCCUUCAUCAGCAUCGCGUUUCCAGCGUGUCACUUCGGUAAGCUGUACGGCACGGUGAUGAGCCUGUCGGCCCUUAUCUCCCUCAUCCAGUACCCCUGUUUCACUCUGGUCAAGAACUCACUCAACAGAGACCCUUUUUACGUGGAUAUUGCGUUGACUUUCCUUGUGCUGCUCGUCUUCAUCCAUCCCCUGAACGUAUUCCUCCACUGCAGACGAAUGAGUCGAGAGAGACAGAAAGGACCGCCCGUCAAUCUGGGUCUUUUAACGGAGGCAAAGACAUAGAGGGGGGAAAUGGAUCACGUAUUUUUGGAUGCAUGUGCUAUGGUCCUGGUUUUUAUCCAUGUAUAGCAAGUUUUUUUUACAAAUAUCUUGGUACAGCCACAACAAGCCAAACUAAUAAGAUCAGCAUACCAAAAUGUUGUUUGUACUGUGUUUUAAAGUCGAUUUCCAAAGCAAAAUGAUGAAUUCUUGAAAAAUAGAUUAUUUUUUUGUGCGCUUUAUUUGUUAUUUGAGUACAGUUUAAUAAAGUUUUUUGUAACAACAAAAA